AAGCGGCAAACGAUUUGCCGACUCAAACGCGAAAGGACAACGUCUGUGUGUACACACGAAGCUCUGAGCAGAAAACAAAGAAAAAAAAGAAGCAGAAAAGAAACAAGCAAAACGCCGACAAAGUAAACACAGUGCAUGUUUGUGUGUGUGAGAGACUGUGUAUAUGUAUGCGUGUAUCGGACCGGCAAUAACAAAGCCAUAGACAAAGAGAAAGCGGAAGUGCAGCCUGCUUAAGCUGCUUGGAGUACAGCAAAGUCGGAAGUCGGAAGUGCAGCUUCUAUAUAACUAUUAUAUAGAUAACCUUUAAGCUACAGCUAACUCUCGCUAACAACAACAACGCAGCUCUAGGCAAGAAACCAGAGCGCAUUUCCAAUGCAUUUUAAACUGUGUAGACUGCAGUAGGCACUCGCUAUACAGUACUACAGUAACUACUCGCUAGCCGCAAAGGCAAAGGCUGUUAGCUAUAGUUACCUACAAGACUACAGUAAACUCUGCGGAAGCAGCAUACAUAGAGUAAGCAACCUUAGAGUACAGUAAGCACUCGCUGCAAUGGGCUCGCCACACGUCUGCUUUGCGGACGAGCUGCAGCAGCAGCCGCCGCACAACAACAACAACAACAACAGCAAUGGCAACAAACAUUGGCUGGAAUUGGAGCUGCAGCCGCCGCAGCACUCGCCCAGCCUCUCGCCAACGCCCCGCUACGAGCGCAACAUGGGCUUCUUUCAGCUGCUCAGCCGACGCUUUGGGCUGAGGUCAAGCGUUGACCUAGUUGAUGCAGCUGCACAGGAAGAGGAUGCGCACAGUUCAUCGACCGAUUCGUAUUCAUCGGCUAGUCGUGGCUUAGCUGCUGCACGCUUGGACCUGAUGUCCUGCGCCUCCAGCGAGACGAGCAGCACCAUUGACAUCGAGGAGCAGGAGCAGCAGCAGCAGCAGCAGCAGCAGCCGCAGCAGCAAGACCAACGCAAAUCGUUGUCUCGCACGAGCUUCUCCCGAAUGCAACGCCGGUCCACAUCGUCACUGCGACGCGCCUUUGAGAGCCUCUCGCUGACAUCGCGCUCGAUGUCGUGCAGCGGCCCCUCGCCGCCCCCACAGCCGCACCCACACCAACAGCAGCAGCAGCAGCCGCAAAUGCCACUGAAGUCCGCUCUGAAAUCGGCUUCCACUAUUGAGCUGCACCAGCGUCAGCACAAGCUGGCCACCAAAUCGACGAGCAGCUCCAGCGCCUGCUCCAACUCAUCCACAUGCUCCGCGACCCAAGCGAAGCACAGCAAGGCGAAGCCGCCACCACAACGCAUCCUCCGUCAGCCCGUCUCCUAUACAUAUCUAAAGGGCAUGUCCGGUCUGCCGACGCAGCGCGUGCCACGCAGCUCCGUCUGCUGCCAAUAUGCGCGGCGCUAACGGGAUCGGCAGAGAGUUCAUUAUCUAUCGUUAUCUACUCAUAGCCAAUAGCAGUUGAUAGUAGUUCGUAUAGCUCACGUAGCUCACAUAGCUCACACAAUACAUAGUGCCAAAUGCCACGCCCAUUCAUUUCGAAAAACUGUGAUACAAUUACCUUCUCAUAUCCACAGCAGCUCAUUUCACAAAACAAACACCAAGAAAGAUCCCCAAAAGAGAGAAAAAAAAACACAUUUUCCAAGACUUUAGCAAAUAGAAAUAGAAAAUUUUCCACGCGGCUUUCGAUUCCAGCAAAACCGAACAGAAGACUGUCCCAAGGGAAAGUUUUGUAUUGUUCAAAGAAAAUUGCUUAAAUUUAAUUAAAACUAUAAUAAAAUUAUAUAAAAUUAUAAUAAAUUUAUUGUACAUUCGUGCCUUUAUCCCAAAUUCGAAAAAAAGAAACAAAAACUAAUAUUAAUUUGAAUUUUUAAUUAUAAUUAUUAUAGAUAUAUAUAUUCGUCUACUAUGCGUACUCAAUUAGUUGCUGUAAUGGGAUCAAAAUUUUCUCGGUUAAAUAUACUAUAGUCUAACUUACAUAUAUAUAUAUAUAUAUAUAUAUAUGAAUACUUAAGUACUUUAACUAUGUUUUCAUACAAGUAUAAAUAUGUAUAAACUUCAUUCGGUAGUUAAGAUUUUGCUCUUCAAGUUUUGAAAUUCAUUUUUUUCUCGCACUCUUCAGUCGUAGGGCACAUAGAUAAGAUGAGAAAUGUACUAACUAACCAAGCAUUGCAAUUCAAAACUGAUUAUAUAGACAGCAUAUAUAUAUAUGUAUACAUAUAUAUACCAUAUACAAAACACUUGCAUAAAUUUACCGUAAUGUACUUAUAAUGAACAAACAAUCUAAGAACUCAACUAUAUAUAUAACAUAUAUGAUUGAACGCAGAUAACGGCAUAAGCAAUACAGUUAUACACACAUAUAUACAGCCGAUUAUAAUGAUAUAUAUAUACACAUUUACUUAAUCAUAAGUUAACUAUUUACCAACAACAACAACAACAACAAAUAGAAGCAGCUACAAAUGAAUAUUUCAUUCACACAGCAAGUUCAAUAAAAAGCGAGAAAAUAAUUUACAAAAAAAAAA